AUGGAGAUCGCGCUGGUGACUCUGGAGAACGGCGGUGGCGGGGCCAUCUCGGCCGGCGAGGAUGCCACGGCCGGCAGCGUCGGCGGUAGCACCGGGGCUCGGCGACAGCGCGAGCUACUCUGCCUCGCGGGGUCCACGUCUGUUGCAAGACUGAGCGACGGCAAGGUGGGUACGCCACCGGCCUCAUCGCCGCCGCAGGUGGACGAGGAGCGGGAGAAGUCCCCGCCGGUCCUCCGAGGAAGCGGCAGGAGGCUCUGCAGCAGCAGUGAGGGCAGCAUCAACGUCCGAGCGGCGUCCGGACCCCAACCGCAGCCACAAGCUCUGCGCCUCCGGCCGGCUGCUGAAAUGGAUCUCGCGGAGGAGGGGGGUCACCACCGGGGCAUGACCAUGGCAGCGGCCGGUGAGGAGGAGGAGAUGAAAGCAGUGAGCCGGGGCACCAUGCACCAUCAGCGGGUUCUAAUCAACAUCUCUGGGCUGCACUUCGAGACUCAGCUGGGCACCCUCAACCAGUUUCCUGACACACUGUUGGGAGAUCCUGAUAAGCGUAUGCGGUAUUUUGACCCGCUCCGCAAUGAAUACUUCUUUGACCGCAACCGGCCCAGCUUUGACGGCAUCCUCUAUUUCUACCAGUCUGGGGGCAAGCUUCGGCGGCCUGUCAAUGUCUCCAUUGAUGUCUUUGCUGAUGAGAUCCGCUUCUACCAGCUGGGCAAGGAGGCCAUGGAGCGUUUCUGGGAGGAUGAGGGUUUCAUCAGAGAGGAGGAGAAGCCCCUUCCCCACAGUGAGUUUCAGCGCCAGGUCUGGCUCAUCUUUGAGUACCCUGAAAGUUCCAGCUCAGCCCGGGCCACUGCCAUUGUCUCUGUAUUGGUGAUCCUUAUCUCCAUCAUCACCUUCUGCCUGGAAACUCUGCCUGAAUUCAGGGAUGAACGAGAGAUACCCAUGUCUGUGCCCUCACAAAGUGGGGGUUUGAACUCCACAGCUAGAGACACUCCACCCAUGCAGUCACCAAGUAGCCUCUCUGACCCUUUCUUCAUCAUCGAGACCACUUGUGUCAUCUGGUUCACCUUUGAGCUCCUUGUGCGUUUCUUCACCUGCCCCAGCAAGCCUGAGUUCUCCCGCAACAUCAUGAACAUCAUUGACAUCGUGGCCAUUAUCCCCUACUUCAUCACCCUGGGCACAGAAUUGGCCAAUGAGCAACAGCAGCCUGGGGGUAGCAGCAGCAAUGGGAGUGGGGGCCAGCAACAAGCCAUGUCCUUGGCCAUCCUCAGAGUCAUCCGCUUGGUCAGAGUCUUCAGGAUCUUCAAGCUUUCCAGGCACUCCAAGGGGUUGCAGAUUUUGGGACAGACUUUGAAAGCCAGCAUGAGAGAGCUGGGCCUCCUCAUCUUCUUUCUCUUCAUUGGAGUGAUCCUUUUCUCCAGUGCUGUCUACUUUGCUGAGGCUGAUGAUCCUGAGUCUCAUUUCUCCAGCAUCCCUGAUGCUUUCUGGUGGGCUGUGGUGACCAUGACCACUGUGGGCUACGGGGAUAUGCGACCUGUUACUGUGGGGGGCAAGAUCGUGGGCUCCUUAUGUGCCAUCGCUGGUGUGCUCACCAUUGCCCUGCCUGUCCCUGUUAUUGUGUCCAACUUCAACUACUUCUACCACCGAGAGACUGACCAUGAGGAUCAAUCUAUGCUCAAAGAAGAACACAGCAGUGCUCAGGGCAGCGUAACUGGGGUAGAUGGAAAGAGAAGAACCAGUAAAAACUCUCUGAACAAAUCUGUUGUGCACUUGGAAAAUAAUGAAGGGUUCAAAAGCAGCACCAGCCCUUUAGAGAAAAACAGUAUCAAAGCUAAAAGUAAUGUAGAUCUCAGAAAAUCACUCUAUGCCCUCUGUCUGGACAGCAGCAGGGAAACAGACCUGUAA